AUGUCUACACCGCCCACGGUAAACUUCAUCACUGGCAACUCCAACAAGCUGCGCGAAGUCAAGGCAAUUCUGGAGCCUGCCAUCACUGUGCAGAGUCGGGCAGUUGACCUGGAGGAAGUACAGGGUACAGUAGAGGAGGUCACACUGGCCAAAUGUCGCAAAGCGGCAGAGACGAUCCAAGGUCCCGUCCUCGUUGAGGACACUUGCCUCUGCUUCAAGGCUCUCAACGACCUCCCUGGCCCUUACAUCAAGUGGUUUAUGCAAUCUAUUGGCCACCAGGGUCUAAACAAUCUCCUCGUUGCUUACGAGGACAAGUCUGCCGAUGCCGUCUGCACCUUUGCCUAUUCGCCCGGCCCCGGCCAUGAGCCUGUCCUUUUCCAGGGGCGAACCAGAGGCAAGAUUGUUUCACCUCGAGGCCCGGCCGACUUUGGAUGGGAUGCCAUUUUCGAAUAUGAUGGACAGACCUACGCCGAGAUGGACAAGGCCGCCAAGAACAAGAUAUCCCAUCGCGGUCUGGCCCUUGCAAAGUUGCAAGACUGGUUCGCUCAGCAGCGAGUGGACUAG